GAUAAAGCACAUCAGAACAGGGUGGUUCCUCCCUGUCACAAACUUAGUUGCUCUGCAUGAGAUUAUUACUCCAACCUGACUGGUUAUAAAAGGACUUUAUAGACAACAGCUAUGCACUGUAAUCAUCUGACUGAGGAUGUAUGGUGAGAGCUUACACUGGAUCUACAGCACAAAAUCUAUUCUACUAAGUAGCACUGCAGUUGGUGAUUUUGAAUUGGUGAGUCUUGGCUGUGGAAGUCUGCUGUGAGUCUACAGUCAUGGACCUGACUCUGUGGAACUAUCAGUUCCGUAUCAUCAUGCUGGGCGACUCAACGGUGGGCAAGUCAUCCAUGCUGAAGCGUUACACAGAGGACCGGUUCCUGGAGUGUAUAAACGAGACGGUCGGAGUGGACUUCUAUGUGCAUUUCCUGGAGGUGGAGCCUGGCAUGAUGGUCAAACUCCAAUUCUGGGACACAGCUGGACAAGAGAGGUUUAGGUCAGUGACACGCUCCUACUACCGGAACUCCGUAGGAGGCAUGUUGGUGUUUGACUUGGGAAAUCGAGCCUCUUUUGAGCAUGUAAGAGAGUGGUACGAAGAAGUGUGCGAUCAUGUCAUGCCUCAUUCCAUGAUCUUCCUGCUAGUAGGCCAUAAGAGUGACCGUGAGUCGGAUGGAGAGCGCACUGUCUCCACAGUUGAGGCUGAGAAGCUGGCAGCUCAAUAUGGAACACCAUAUGUGGAAGCCUCGUCUAAAACGGGUGAGAAUAUUGAAAGAUGCUUUGAGGUACUGACACGUCGGAUCUACCAGGGGCUGCUGAGUGGAGAGGUCAGGAUGAGAGAGGGCUGGGAUGGAAUUAAGAGUUCGGUUCUACAAGCACAACAACAACUACGGAGUCUCCAAGACACAGAGCAAAUGCAGGAGAAAAAAACCUGCUGUUAGGCCUUUAUAGACUGUCUAUUAAUUAUACUAUAAUGGGACUAUUGAAUUAUUAAUGUCUAUUGUGGAAAUAUUCCUCAAAGAGAUUACUCUGAAUAUUGCAACCUGAUGCUGGUACUUACAAAGCAGACCAUUAUUCCCCAAAUAAUUGAUUUUGCCAGGUGGAUUUUACUAAACUAAAACUACUAAAAUUAAAACUAAAAUUGCACUGAAAUAUUAAAAUCUCACAGAACCUAACAAAAACGGUUGUUGGACAUUUCUAACAGGAAGAGUAGAUCUUCUUUUAAUUAAUUAUUUUUUUCCUGUUCCAUAGUAACACUUGUCAGUUUUUUGUUGUUGUUGUUGUUGUUGUACUUAAUGUUGCUUUAUUAAGAUAUAGGAAGUUGUCAACCACACUGAUGAUAAUCAUCUGCAUCUGAGAUACAUCAGAUAUAUAUAUAUAUAUAUAUAUAUAGACUGAAAUAAUGUCUAUUUAUUGUGUCCACUUUAUCUUUAACUCGCAGUUUUCUUAUAGGACCCUAUAGUUCCCAGGUUUUGGGCUGGUUAUCUGUUUACUGUUUUUUAACUUCUGUUUCUCCAAUGCAUUAUAGCCAUUUUAUCAUAGCCCUCUGUCUAGUAAAUUGGUAGCUUAGUAGUAUUGACGUUGCCCUUCUGAGUUAAAGAAUAUGAGUUCAAGUCCCAGCACCACAAAAGAUGACUGCUGGGCCUCUGAUCAAGGCUCUUAACCUUCAAGUGCUCAAUUGUGUAAAUGAGAUAAUUGUAAGUAUAAGGGGGUCUGCCAGAUGCUGUAAAUGUCAUAUUUCACUUUGGUUAAUAAGACACUAGACAUGGCAAAUGACACAGGAUACAUAUUUGAAUACCUUUUAAUAAAAAUAUAAAAGACAAA